AUGCAGUACACCGGGAGCAAAUAUAUCGGGUCAUACAUAAACGGGAGGAUGGAGGGCAAUGCAGAGUACAUCCUCCCUACUGAGACGAGAUAUGUUGGGGACAUGAAGGACGGCAUGUUCCAUGGAGAAGGAACCCUGUUAUUUCCCAGUGGGAGCCGAUUCGACGCCACCUGGGAGAAAGGAUUGGUGGUGAAGGGAAGGUACACCUUUGCUGAUGGGCUGCAGUAUGAGGACAGACAUUGGCACUACUGCGACAGUUAUGACCGGAGAUUCCACACCGAGAUCUGCUACGGCCUGAAGCCCUCAGGUAUCUCUCAGCUCACCAACAUGGACCCACCUAGAAAAAUCCCCACUGGCUGCUAUGACUGUGGCGAUGGCUUCUACAACCCCAGGACCAGAGUCAUCAAGGAUUACCGUAAUCGCUUUCUGAGAAAUGCAGAUGAUGAUGAACAUGAGUGGAUCGUCAGGACCUGCCGCAAGGGCUGGGCAGAGAAGCCCGCACAGAAACCCAAGCUGUGA